AUGAGCGGUGACAAGACCAUCUUCAAGGCCACCUACUCGGGCGUGCCCGUCUACGAGUGCAUCAUCAACAAUGUUGCCGUGAUGAGGAGACGAUCCGACAGCUGGCUCAACGCAACCCAGAUCCUCAAGGUCGUCGGUCUCGACAAACCCCAACGUACGCGUGUUCUCGAGCGAGAGAUUCAAAAGGGCAUCCACGAAAAGGUACAGGGUGGCUACGGAAAGUAUCAAGGUACAUGGAUUCCCCUCGACAUUGCCAUUGAGCUCGCAGAGCGCUACAACAUCCAGGGCCUCCUCCAACCCAUCACCUCGUACGUCCCCUCAGCAGCAGACUCGCCUCCUCCUGCUCCCAAGCACACCAUCUCCACCUCGAACCGCACCAAGAAGGUCCUCCCGGCAGAUGCAGGCGCUCUCGGCCGCUCUCGACGCGCCACGAGCAUUGAGACUGAGUCCGAGGUCAUUGGUGCAACCCAGAACAAUGCCUCUGAAGGCAGCAUGAGUCCUUCGCCCAGCGACAUCAGCAGCUCUUCCCGCACUCCCAGCCCUUUACCCGCCGACCGCGCCAAUGCUCCCUACGCCAACAACCAGGCUGCAGCCGGCUUCAACGGCAGGGAAGCCACCAAUCAGGUCAAAUACGCCGAUAUCAUUCUCGACUACUUUGUUACCGAAAACACCACCGUCCCUUCGCUCCUCAUCAACCCGCCGCCCGACUUCAACCCGGACAUGAGCAUUGACGACGACGAACACACGGCCCUCCACUGGGCCUGUGCCAUGGGUCGCAUUCGCGUCGUCAAGCUCCUCCUCUCCGCUGGUGCCGAUAUCUUUCGCGUCAACACCAACCAACAGACCGCCCUCAUGCGCGCCACCAUGUUCUCCAACAACUACGACCUCCGCAAAUUCCCCGAAUUGUUUGAGCUUCUACACAGGUCCAUCCUCAACAUUGACAGGAACGAUCGCACCGUGUUCCAUCAUGUCGUCGAUCUUGCCUUGAGCAGGGGCAAGCCACAUGCUGCGCGAUACUACAUGGAGACCAUGAUCAACCGUCUCGCCGACUAUGGAGAUCAGCUGGCCGACAUCCUCAAUUUCCAAGACGACGAAGGCGAGACACCGCUCACCAUGGCCGCACGCGCUCGUUCCAAGAGGCUCGUAAGGCUGUUGCUCGAGCACGGCGCCGACCCCAAGAUCCGCAACAAGGAGGGCAAGAACGCCGAAGACUACAUCAUCGAGGAUGAGCGUUUCCGAUCCUCGCCCUCGCGCACUGGCCCUGCUGGCAUCGAGCUCGGCGCAGACGGUUUGCCCGUGCUCCCUACCUCUUCGCUGCACACGUCUGAAGCAGGUCAACGCACCGCUGGCCGUGCUGUCACGUUGAUGAGCAACCUGCUCCACAGCUUGGCCGACAGCUACGACAGCGAGAUCCACACUGCCGAGAAGAAGCUCACCCAGGCUCACGCCCUGCUCAAGCAGAUCCAAACCGAGAUUGAAGACAGUGCCAAGAUCGCCGAGGGCUUGCACCACGAGGCCAAGGGCGUCGAGGACGAGCGCAAACGUGUUGACUCGCUACAGCUUGCGCUCAAACACGGCAUCAACAAGCGCGCUCGCGACGACCUUGAGCGUCGUUGGGCCGAGGGCAAGGAAGCGGUCAAGCGCGCCCGCCUGCAAGCUGGGCUUGAGCCUGGUGCUCUUUCUGCCAGCAAUGCUGCUAACGCUCCUGCUGCCGCUGAAGGCGAAGCGGACAAGGAUGACGGAAAAAAGCUCAUCGAGGGUCUACCCGCGGGCACCGACGUCAAAUCGGCCAUCGCUGAGCUCAAGAAGCAACUGAACGAGGUGCAGGGCAACAAGACCGAGUUGGUGGACAAGUUUGUCACCCGGGCAAGGGAGCAGGGUACGGGAAGGACCAUGGCUGCGUACAGGAGGCUCAUCGCCGCAGGAUGUGGCGGCAUCGCACCGGACGAAGUGGAUGCCGUGGUUGGGGUGCUGUGCGAGCUGCUGCAGGAAGGGCAUGCGGGUGCGGGGGCUGGUACGGGCAGUGAGGGUGCCAACGGAGACGAGCGCGCUAGGGAUGUGGCCAUGAUGCUGAAGGGUGCAGGUGCUGCUGCGCUUGCUGCUAACACUGGGUCGGCGUGA